AUGACUUAUUCAGCUUUGCAUGUCAUUGCUGGAACUACUGGAGGAGUUCUGGCAAUUUUUGGAAUCUACUAAGGACACCAACUCGAACAAAAAGUGUCCCGCAUUCCUUUCCAAGGAGAAGGAUGUCCACGAAUCACACAUUGGAUGUUUGGACUUUCUCAACUACUUGUUUCUGGCGAAGCGCUCUCAGCCAGGGGUUUCAAUGGAGACGAAAGAGGUCAAUAAGAGCUGGGAAGAACAAUUUUCCCUCAGGAUGGCCGGGAAAAUGGAACCAGAUUACCUCAAGAAGAAACAAAAUGUUAAUUUACUCUCACCAAGCUCUUUGAGAAAGCUCGUGGAAUCAAAAGAGAUAGAGAAAAUUAAUGACUGGGAAAACAUUGCGGAAAGAAAGUACAGAGAAGCAGAGCCGAUCUUACAAAUCCUUUCUUCAAUUGAAACUCGGCUCACUUGUUUGGACGGAAUUACAGAAAUAAAAAAACUGAAAAUGGAAAAGAGUCUGCUGUUCCGCCUAAAUCCAAAAAAGUUUUCAUCAUAUCGUCACUAUGAAACUACACUUAUGGCUGGUAGAUUGAGAUUGAGUGAUCUCUCAACAGAUUAUUUUUGGUUACUGCAAGGGGGAAUAGAACGUUCCUGCAUAGAUUUGAUAGAAAAACUACUACGCUUGAGAAAACAAUUGAUAGAGCAGGAGGAUGAAUAUGGUGACAUAUUGAAAGGGAAAAGCUUAAAGAAUAAAGAGGAUGUAUUAAGAGAGUUAGUUUAUACAAGAAGAGACUUGGAGCAUGCAGAAAAAGUAUAUUUAAUCUCACGAAGGAGAAAUCCUCUCUCUCAGUCAUCAUCUGAGGUGGAUGAUGUAAUUUCCAAACACUCUGAUGAAGAGUUCCUGACAGAUAUGAUACGUAGGAAGAAAGAAAUGAUGAAGUUGGAAGGUAUAUUUGUUGGGUUAUCGCAAAAGACCGCGACGCACUUGGUUGAUGUACUUUCACGGUACUCUAAAGAUGUACUAGGAUGGGCAGUAAGUUCGACAAGAAAGUUUUUGGCUAUGGAUGAACUGUACUCUACUGAGCUCAUAGCACAGAGAAUAAGGUUAAUAUUUGAUCCUCAACCAAUGGAUUUCGAAAGCCUUCCUGAAGUAGCAGUGGUGCUGAUGUCUUGGAGACAAUAUUAUUCGUGGGGACAACGACAAAUAUAUCCGAACUUAUGUUUGGAGAUGCACAUCAACGCAAAGUACAAAAUAUAUACACUGGAAAGGAUGGUAAAUUUGAGAGAACAAUAUUUAAGGAUGGAAGAUGAAUAUUUAUGGGUAUUAGAGGAGAGACACACCAAGAAGCAUGCCAACAUAUACACUUCAUUUGAUGUCCACCAAAUUCAUUUAGAGUACAUCUGGGAGAAUGUACUACAAACAUCAUUAAACUGUAGGAAUAAUUGGAGAUUGUGGUUAGAUACUUAUACUCGCAAACUGCAGCAGAGCUUUGAACAUGAUGUACUAGACAAUGAAAUAAUGGAGGAGUUGAAGGAGGUGGAAAGAGCAUAUUGUGACUUUAUAGAGAGAAGACAUUUAACAAGUUUGGACAACAUUCCAUUAAUGGAUGUGUCUCAAAUAUAUGCAAAGUACAAUCAUCCAAAAUUAUUGGAGGACAUAAAUUCCCUGAGAGUAAAAUUGGAGAAGUUGGAACGUGAUUGUGAUUGCAUGCUACUAAAACUUACAUCUGAGCACAAGCGACGAGCGAGGAAUGAAUAUGAGGCGAUGGCCAAUGCCAUAAAACAGUUAUGGAAGAUAGACGACAGAUAUUUUGAUCGCUUCAAACACAACAUGGAAUCAAAAAAAUUUCUCCAACUACUUCCAACAACUUCAAAGGUUCAAAGUUUCAAAGAGUCUGAAUCAUUCAACAAUAUUAUUGAAGAAGAAGAACUCUUCAAAGUAUUAUAUGAUUCAAUAAAAUCGUAUGACGUACACUGUUCCAAGUGCCAGAACUGUAUCAACAAUGUGAUUCAAAGUGCUUUGAAAGUAGAAGAUGUUGAAGAAUCAUCUGCAAAAUUUUCAUACGAAGAUGAAAAAGACGUUCCAAAAAAGUGUUAUGAAGUUCUUUAUAGGUUUCUCAAUUUGCAUAUCAUACGUUGUCCUGCUUGCAUGAAUUAUGUCAGAGAGGUGACAAUCCAACAUGCUCCAAAACAAUCCACGACUCUUGUACAAGCUUCAACACCAUCCAUUCAUGGUACAGAUGAAGAAAUUAUAGACCAUCAAGAAGGCUUAGUUAUCACGAUCUUCCAUCCUGAUGAACCAAGCACUAGAGUUAGAAGGUGGGAAAUUCGUAGACUUAUAGUACUUGGUGGCUUAAUGGAAUCAAUUACAAGUUUAGCUAUUGUAACUGCAGCAAUGAGUGCAAAGAUUUCUGAUGGAAAUAUAAUAGCUUUGGCGUUGACAAAUUUGAUAGCUGGACUCUUUAUUAUUAGACAUGAUGUAUCAAGAUUGCAGAAGAAGAGAAAAAUACCUAGAAUUGAAGUGGACGGCAAUUACUACAAAGAAAUAUUGAAGGGAAAAAUGUAUAGUCUUCUCUGUUUUAUCAUCGCCUACUUAUCUUUCUUGUUUUUUGGGUUAGUGCCACCACUGGUUUAUGCACUCUCAUCCCUCAAGAUUAGAAACAAAAACCUCAAAAUCAUAGCGGCUGCAGGAGCUUCCCUUUCAUGCACUGCACUUCUUGCUGUCCAGAAAGCUCACAUUAAUCAAAAGCCAAGAAAUAGGCUUGUUUAUGUCAAAACUGCAGGCGUAUAUGUUUCAGUGGGAGUUGGGGCCUUUGGCAUAUCAUAUCUAGCAGGUUACAUAUUUGGACACCUUGCAGAGGAACUUCUGUGGGACUUGUGAAAUUCAGCAGUCCCACUUCAUCAUUUUGCUUUGGGUUCUUCCGAAUAUGGUUGUACAUAAGUUUUUUACCAACUAAUAUGCUGGUUCAGUAGGUAAAGAAAUGGGAUGUCUUAACUGGAACUGCUGUGCUAUUUAAAAAUUUUGAGAUGAAACUAUAUAUAUAUAUAUUUUCGGACACCGAUGGCACACAGGUGCAAGAAUG